AUGGAUGCGGACAUGGACAUGGAAGCCAUAAAAAUGCUGUCGUCGACCAUGAAUAUGCCAACCAGUCCAACUCCGAAUCCAAAUGCGAUGCAGCCGCACUAUUACGACGUUCAGUGCGAGGAGCGGGGCGAGAAAAAGAAAGUUAUUGGAGCCGGUUGCGGCAACCGUUCUACUGGCCAUGUCCUCCACCUCCACACCCCACUACCAUCUCGCUCCUCGGCUCUUUGCAUACUGAUCUUCCAAUUGAGCCUGACUCCAUCAGUGCUCUGCGUGUCGCCGGCCAACGAGACAACGGCCUGGCCACCCAUGCAUCAUUACGAUAUUUGGGACGAUCACUUGGUGGAUUCCGAUGAACGGGAGGAGCCGUUGAUUAGCAAUGAGGCGGACUUUGAGCUGCAAACAGAAGCACAGCAGGAUCUUGAGCUGGAAUGCACCAUCAUUCAGACAUCACUGAUGGAGAUGAACCAAACAAUCAGCAGACAAGGAAAAGUGAUCCACCUCUUCCCCGUGCCUGUGGAUGGUGACUGUAUGUCUGACGAUGGUCGUCUGGGCAACUGCCUCAAUGCCUACGAGUGUCGACAGAAGGAUGGUCAAGCUCGAGGUGAAUGCGCCAUGGGAUUCGGGGUCUGUUGCGUAUUCCUAGCCAAUUGCAAUACCACCAUCGCUAACAAUAUCACCUAUAUCGUGUCGCCGGGAUUCCCCAGUUUUAUGCCCAGCAAUUUUACCGGCUGCCGUUUGCGGGUAAAGAUGAUGAGCGAUGACAUAAGUCAGGUGCGAAUCGACUUUCAUCACUUCACAUUGGGUCAGCCCAAUCGCAGAACUGGGGUCUGCGAGGGGGAUGUCUUCAAUAUAGGCGGAGGACCCGGUGGAAAUAUCUCAAUUUGUGGUCAGAACAGUGGACAGCAUUUAUAUUACGAUGUCGGAGCUCGGGUCUCUCCACGACAAUCCACGUUGUAUGGGAGCCUUCGUCCUGUGGAAGGAACUAAUAGCAGCUCUGCCAACGGCACCUCAACGGGGGGAGAUCGCUUUGUGGACAUUAAUCUCAAUCUAUCCAAUCGCUUUUUGCCGCUUCGAAUAUGGGAGAUGAGCGUAACGCAGAUACCAUUCAGUCAACGAGCUCCUGCCGGUUGCCUGCAAUAUCAUACCGGAACUGAGGGCGUCAUGCAGACCUUUAACUAUGCCGAAAAUGGCCGACAUUUGGCCAAUCAGAAUUAUAGAAUUUGUGUUCGCCAGGAACAGGACAUGUGCUCGAUCAUGUACACGCCUUGUGAUGAGCAAUCCUUUCGGAUUGGCGGUGGAGGACGGAUGGUCACGCGAGCUGGUGAAGUUACAGCGGGAAAUCAGGGAGCAGCUACCUCAGCUCCUGCACAGCUGGCUCAAUCGGAUGUUGCAAGCACGACGGCAACCUUGGUUAAUGCAGCAAUGACCACAGCAGCACCCACGUCCAGUACACAUCAAAUGCUGGCCAACAUGGCCAACUCCACAGCCUCCAGUUUGAUGUCCAUGAUGUCGAGCAAUGCCAGUUCAGUUGCAGCACCAUCCAGCACCGCCGCCAGCACCAGCAGCAGCAGCACGGCAGCAAUGAGCACGACGACAACAUCAACCACAGCAGCACCACUCCGUUCCAGUACAGCGGCUUCUACUUCCUCGGCAGCACCGUCAUCCUCGCCGGCUAGCGACGACGUGGAGGGCUCAGGCGGUGAGGACGGAACAGCUGGCGAUGAUGACGACGAUGGAGGCUUCCUAUUCUUCAGAAGUCCACCCACAACCGAAGAGCCGGGCGUUUCGCGACGUCCACGUCCGGUGAGUGGUGGCUUCGAUAUCCUUGGCUUCAUUCGCAAUGCCUUCGAUUUGCAGUUGCGCCGGCGACGACGACGUCAGGCUCGCCAGUUCUUUAGCACCUGCUCGGACAGGAUAACGAUGCCGUGCAUCAUUGAGGAUUUCAUUGGCACGGGUCUGGGUCCGCUGCCUGGCUGCGAGCCUGUCCAUUGCGGUGCUCAAUUCUGCUCCUCGGGUGCGUGGCCAUGUCGCAUCGAAAGCACAGUGACUCCAUUCUACAUAGGCGUUCAUUUCGGCAACGGUCUGGGUGCUGGCAAGGCGAAUGCCGAGGACAAUGUUGGAGCCUGUCUGCGUUUCUCCCAAGUGCAGUGCAUGUAGUGCAGCACAUUCGUUUCGUUUUAGAAAAUGGAGAGAGAAAAGAAUUAAGAAUUUAUGCACAUAUUUAAAUAAUUUAAAAUGUAUUCUCUGUAUCCAAAUUAUUUAUUUAUACACCAGCCUUAUGGUAGUUUUAAUGAUUUUCGAAAUGAGAUUUUACAAAACAUAUCUGAGGGAUGGAUUAUAAACUUAAAGUCUAUAUAAAGACUGUAUUAGUAUUCAUUCACCCAUGUGAGGCACCUAUAUAUAUAUUUGUCAAAAAAUACUUCGUUAUAUACAUUCUUUGAUGAUAUCGGAAGUUUCCCUUCAACUUAUUCGAGCCUAACUAGGAAUAUAUCUGGGAGUAGGACUCGCAACCCCUGGAUAAAUCGCACGGGGGACAA